CGACUGGUUAAGCGGGUUAACGAGGAAAAUAAAAACACAAACACGUGAAACUUCUAAUACAUUCUCUUAAGCAGGACACAAUUCUAUAUUGUAAUUAUCAAGUUUGAAAUGGAACUUAAAUCAAAUAGAGAAGCUUUAUAUUCUGGUUUACCUUCAUCAUUACAAUCUGCUAGUAAUAAAUUAGGAAUAAAGAAAGUCAGAGAUGGAUUUUUGAAAACAUUUCUACAAAAGACUGUUUAUACAGAUAAGAAGAAGCAACGAAAUGUACCAUUAGAACAUCUCUCAGUUGUAUCAGAAGUACUGGAAUGCCAGCCUAAAAAAGCAAAACCUGAUUUAGGUCCACGAAAGAAAAGGAAAACUUUAACAAACAUGGAACGAAAAAAACUUAAAAUAUUUGAUAUUAAGAAAGAAGAUCAAAAGUAUGAGAAGUAUUUACCAUUACACAAUCUAUGGAAAGAUUAUAUUAAAGAUCUUUUAUGUGGACCAAAAGAUAAGUCAGAUGGCUGUUUAAAUAAUGAUGCACAAAAAUUACUGAAAGCUGAUGUGCAUGGUGCCAUAUUAACAGUCAAAAAGUCUAAAUGUCCAUCAUAUAUACAUACUACUGGUAUUGUUCUACAAGAAACCAGAAAUACAUUUAAACUCAUCACCAAGGAAAAUAAACUCAAAUGCAUACCAAAACUUAAUAGUAUUUUUACUUUAGAAGACAGUGGUAUUAUAUAUACUAUAUAUGGUAAUCAUUUCCGAGUGAAAGCUAGUGAAAGAGCAAUUAGAAAGUUUAAAAGUAAAGCAACUGUGGAUCUUUAAUCUGUAUGAAGUUCAAUUAAAAUAAUCGAAAUAGUGCACGGUUUAUGGUAUUGCAUUGUUACCCCCAUUAAAUCAAAUUUUAAAUCAAAACAAAAUAAUGAUGCCUUCUGGCUUCUACAGAAAAUGGUCCCCAUUAUAUAGUUAAAAACAAAAUAAUGAUGCCUUCUGGCUUUUACAGAAAAUUGUUCCCAUUAAAUAGUUUUAGAAAUUCAACAUAAUGCCAAGCAAUGAAAAUAGGCUCACCAAAAGCACCUUCCUGUAUAGACAGAGGGGUGAUAACAAUAUACUUAUAUUCAUAUAAGGGGGAUUGGGUGACAGAGUGGUCUGACAUGUUCACUUUAGAUUAUAAGAUCUGUCAUUGAGUCAGUUAGUGUUGAUUCAAUCACAGACUUGUACCUGACAAAGGAGUAGGUACAUCUACCUAACCUUCUAACCUUAAUUUCCCCCCACUGCUAAAAAAAAAGCUAUCAAAUGCUAAUUAUUGAAACAAAGAUCUACCAUGUAUUUGUCCCUAAAUGGCUCAGGUUGUUCUGAGUGGACGUAUAACUCAUUUUCUCUCUUUCUUUAUAUACAUAUAUAUAGUGGGAAUUUCUGUUUUAAGGUUAUAAAUUGUUUUAAACAGAAUUGAUUUAAUAAUUGUUUUAUUAAGAAUUAUUGUAUAUCAUGUGUCCAGACAACAUUCCAUAACAAUUUUUCCAAUAACACAAAGCUUACAAUAAUGGAUGGUGAUUUAAAAUCUACUGUCAUGCAAAGCAUUUCGAAAUGCAUUUCAUUCAACAAUUUUUAUUGAUAGUUUGAAACAUCAGAGUCAAAUGUUUUAAAGUUGUCUCUAUCAGAAUAUACCUUACUAAAAAUUUAGUGAAAAAUUAUUUCGGGUGUGUGGUAGGGGCAUGAUUUGAAAAUUUAUUCCAGUAAAAUUGUGGAAGCAGUUUUCAGUACAAGACAUAUAUACUAAUAUUUGUGACUGUCGUUUGUUUGUCGGUCUGUCUGUUCAGGGUUGGCGGCUACACUAGGGCUGUCCUGAGGCUGAAAAUUGGUGUAUAGGGGUAUCUCGUAACAUAGGACUGGUGGCGAUGGACUACCACCCCCCGGGCGAAUUUAGGCCCCAGGCGAAGCCAGGAAUCCUCCAAGUUAUUUAUAAAAGACACUGGAAAUGAAGAGUUGUCUGAACACUGCAGUAUGGUAUUGAAAGAACAAAUUAUCCCAUUCCAUGUCUUUUUUAUACGCCCACAUUUUCAUGUGGACGUAUUAUGCCGUCGUCCCUGUCCGUCCGUCCACAAUUGUUUGUGGACUCUCUACAGGUCACAAUUCUUAUCCGAUUUCGACGAAACUUGAAAUAUAGGUUUAUCCCCAAAAGAUCUCGGCUGCUUUCGAUAUUGGCAUGUAUCGGAUCGAAACUUCAUCGAUUAUGGCCCCUGUUUGUACGAAAAAUCACGUAUUUAGCUUGUUCCCAAAUAGUGUAAGAAUAUGGUAUAUCAAGGUUGUGGACCCUAUAGGGGUCACAAUUUUUAUCCGAUUUUGUUGAAACUUGAAAUGUAAGUUUAUAACCCAAAGAUCUCGGUUCUUUUCGAUAUUCGUGCAUAUCGGACCGUAACUUCCUGAAUUAUGGCCCCUGAUUGUACGAAAAAUCACGUUUUUAGCUUGUGGACCCUAUAGAAGUCAUAAUUUUUAUCCGAUUUAAAAAAACGUUCUAUUAUAUCACCGUUACACACUAAGGAUGACUGAGUUCGAAUUUCGUGAAAAUCGGCCCAAAAUUGACAGACAAAAUGGCCGCCAUUCGUUCCCAAAUAGCGUAAGAAUAUGGUAUAUCAAGGUUGUGGACCCUAUAGGGGUCACAAUUUUUAUCCGAUUUUGUUGAAACUUGAAAUGUAAGUUUAUAACCCAAAGAUCUCGGUUCCUUUCGAUAUUCGUGCAUAUCGGAUGUAACUUCCUGACUUAUGACCCCUGAUUGUACGAAAAAUCACGUUUUUAGCUUGUGGACCCUAUAGAAGUCAUAAUUUUUUAUCCGAUUUAAAAAAACGUAUUAUUAUAUCACCGUUACACCCUAAGGACGACUGAGUUUGAAUUUCAUGAAAAUCGGCCCUAAAUUGACAGACAAAAUGGCCGCCGUUCAUUCUCAAAUAGCGUAAAAAUAUGGUAUAUCAAGGUUGUGGGCCCUAUAGAGGUCACAAUUUUUAUCCGAUUUUGUUGAAACUUGAAAUAUAAGUUUAUAACCCAAAGAUCUCGGUUCCUUUCAAUAUUUGCCCAUAUCGGACCGUAACUUCCUGAAUUAUGGCCCCUGAUUGUACGAAAAAUCAUGUUUUUAGCUUGUGGACCCAUUAGAGGUCAUAAUUUUUAUCCGAUUUAAAAAACCGUAUUAUUAUAUUACCGUUCCACCCUAAGGACAGUUGAGUUUGAAUUUUGUGAAAAUUGCCCCAAAAUUGACAGACAAAAUGGCCGCCGUUCGUUCUCAAAUAGCGUAAAAAUAUGGUAUAUCAAGGUUGUGGACCCUAUAGAGGUCACAAUUUUUAUCCGAUUUUGUUGAAACUUGAAAUGUAAGUUUAUAACACAAAGAUCUCAGUUCCUUUCGAUAUAUGCGCAUAUCGAAUUGUAAUUUCCUGAAUUAUGGCCCUUGAUUGUAGGAAAAAUCACUUUCUUGUUAGCUUGUUCUCUAUCCAUCUCUCGAAAAUGUUGGCGUAUCCUGCCUGGCAGCCGCUGGUUUUAAAAAAAAUUAAAUUCUUUUCUCAAACAAAUGGGGAAGAAUGUGUAUCAUAGGUGACCAGACACAGAUGCUAGUUAAUAUACCAUUAGCCAACAUUGGAUGAUAAAUACAUUGUUGAAGUAGUUCUCCUCUGUUUAACUUCUAUUGAUUUGUCUGUGGUAAUUCUUUUAUUUAGGGACCUUGUAUUGUUUGUUUCUGUAAACGAUUUCCUUGAGGAAGGAAAUACAUGAGCCAAUAUAUAUUUUUAUUGGAAUAUCUGUCUACAAUAAUAACAGCCUUGUCAUGUUUUUAGCUAUAUUAAAGAAUUUGUUUAAACAUUAUUUAUUGCUGAAUCGCAGUUAUUUUAAUAACUAUUUCAGGUUUAAUAUAUAUGCACCCGUUUUCAAAAAGAUUUUUCAGGACAGAUUUUUACAUUUAAAUGAAAUCGGAAAACUCGAUAUCUAAAUAUUUGUACAAAAAUUAAGUAUGCAAUAAAGUGAUCACAUCACGAAUACUGGAAUCAGAUGGGUGUCCGCAAUAAUUACCUAUACAUAUAAUGUUAUAGUUUUGUACUAUUUGAACAACUGUCUAUUUGCAACUGAAUAAAAGAACAUACAAUU